UGACCACACCUACUUUUUUGUAGCGCCAGGACACGCGCACCAUGCUGCUUUUCUCCCGCCGCAACUUUACACGCAGGAAAGUCCACGCCAAGUAGUCUCCGCCCUCGUCCUCGUCCUCUCCGUGGACUUUUAAGUGGACCUCCUCGGGACACUUUCCUCACUUCCAUCAACCGCCUCCUCUUUGUUCUCUCGUCUCAACUGCCGAUUCUGCGAUUGAACAUGUUGCAGAGCUUUGGUCAGUCGCAAGACUGGCUUUACUCGGACCCCCUGUUCUUUGAUGACGAGUUCUGCCAAAGUUUGAUGAAGGACCUGCAGUCCCCUCCCGACGCCCCCCCGCAGUCUCCCCCGAUGAAGACGGGCUCGGGGGGCGCCGGCAAGCCCCUCUCCAAGGGCGACCAGCUGAGCUACGUCUCGGACAUCCUGCUGGAGGACCACGACAUGCAGCUCAACUGGAACUGCGCCUUCUUCCACUCCGGGGCCCCACAAAAGGACGGGGCGCACCCGGAGGAGAGCGGUGAGGACGGCCUGUGGCAGUGCUUGGGCUCGGACAAGAUCCUGGAGGAGAAGCUGGCGUCCUCCAUGCUGGGCUCCAGCCCGCUGCUGUCGGACAUCGACACCACCAUCUUCGAGGGGCUGGCCGGCUCCACGCUGGACUGCCAGAACCUGAUGGAGACGCAGGAGCCCAGCGAGACCACGUCGGACUACGGCUCGACCGGCGGAGAGCUGUCCACGUACACGUCCAGCGACUCAGAGGAGGAGAUUGAUGUUGUGACGGUGGGCCGCUGCCCCUCCAGGCCUUCCGCAGAGCUCUCGGCCCGCCAGCAGAAGCAGGAAGAGGAACAGCGGGCUCUCCAGCGCCACUUGGAGAUCCAGCAGCAACACAACUAUGCGGCGCCGCGCCCGGCGUCCCCGCCCCCCUGCUCAUCCAACAAGCGCUCGCGGGGCGCCGACAGGUUCUCGCGGACCCCCCACUCCUCCCGCCACCACGGACACCACCACCGCCACCACUCGUCCCGGAGCUCCGCGGAGACGGAGGACGAGGAGGAGCGACGGCGGACGCACAACGUGAUGGAGCGCCAGCGGCGCAACGAGCUGAAAAACUGCUUUGUGCGUCUGCGCGACAACGUGCCCGAGCUGUCGCACAACGACAAGGCGUCCAAGGUGGUGAUCCUGAAGAAGGCCAGAGACUGCAUUUACGGCCUUGAGGACCACGCCUUCACCUUGCAGACCCAGCGGGACAAACUUCGCGCCAAACAGGAGGCGCUCAAAGCCAGACUGGAACAGCUCCGCAGGUAAUGGAGCACAGGGGGCGGGGCUUGUGUAAAGGGAAGACCAUGGACAAAGACUUUUGGAUGACGUAAUGCCUUGACUGCUGACUGUUGUACGCACACAAGCUCCCUUUUGCCACAUUGAGGAUGUCUGUAGCCAUAGCAACCAAGGAUCCCUCCACGCUGACGUUUAGUUCCUCUUCCAGCUUCAUGGUAGCCGUCAGUUGGAACGCCGCCAAAGUUUAGAUUGUUGCCUCUUUUUCUCCGCCGCCUCCCGCCGGUGUCCUGACGACACCUUCAGGUCCUGCCGGGAGGAACACUGUGACGUUCACGUUUCAUCCGCUUCUUCCUGUCGCUCGGACGUUUCCCAAGUAAACACGAGCCGAGGUGUAAAAUAUCACGUUGACUCGUUCCCACAUUCCCUGCUCGCACAGCGUCUGACGCCCGCUCACAUGAAGUCGCCGCUGGGGUCCUUCUACGUUUCCUGAUGUUCUCCGUUCACGAGCCGGUUCUUAAAAGUGUAACAUUUGUUUGCCGGGAGUUCGACUUUUUUCAGGACUUUUUCUGCCGUCUGGUCGGGACCCAGCUGGUCUUCCAGGGAGUUCUCGCCUUGCCUCGAAAGUCCCCUCGAUGGCGGCGAGUGUCGUCCAAGCUGAGGUCAGGACCAGACGGCAGGCUUGAGUUUUUUUUUUUUUUUUUUUUUUAUAAAAGCAUGGUGACAACCUACCUCCACCUGGCCACAGGGCCAACUGUCGUUUUUUUCUCAUGUUGGUGGCUAAAAUACUGUUCAGAUUUUUAAGAAAUGUACAUUUUUUUAUUGUACCAUAAGUUAUUUUAGUAUUUUUUUUUUUUUUUUUUGUUAAUAUGAAUUUUUGAGAAUUUAUUGAGAGGUUCUUUUUUCACCAGCACUUUUUGAUAUUGAUGGAAAUAAAGAAUGAUAGUUGGAAAA